AUGGGAAGAGGGAGAAGUUCGUCGUCUUCGUCGAUAGAGAGUAGCGGUAAGAGCAACCCAUUCGGUGGCUCUUCAAGUACUCGGAACCUAAGCACGGACCUGAGGCUCGGACUCAGCUUCGAGACAUCCUCACGGACGGAAUAUUUCAACGCUGGUUACGGGUAUUCCGUUGCAGCUCCGGCAGCGGUGGCGGAGGAGGAGGACGAAGAGAACGAGUGUAACAGCGUAGGGAGCUUCUUCGUGAAGGUGAACAUGGAGGGAGUUCCUAUUGGAAGAAAGAUCGAUCUAAUGUCUCUUAAUGGCUACCAUGACUUGAUCCGAACCCUAGAUUUCAUGUUCAGCGCAUCCAUUCUCUGGGCUGAAGAAGAAGAGAUGUGCAGCGAGAAGAGUCAUGUGCUAACCUACGCAGACAAGGAAGGUGACUGGAUAAUGGUUGGGGAUGUUCCUUGGGAGAUGUUCUUGUCUAGUGUUAGACGGUUGAAGAUUACAAGAGCUAAUUACCACUACUGA